GCCUCCCCGCCGAGCCUCCCCGCGGCAGCUGACGGGCUAAGAUGGAGGAGAUCUCGCUGGCCAACCUGGACACCAACAAGCUGGAGGCCAUCGCGCAGGAGAUAUACGUAGACCUGAUAGAGGAUUCCUGCCUGGGCUUCUGCUUUGAGGUGCACCGGGCGGUCAAGUGUGGCUACUUCUACCUGGAGUUCGCGGAGACCGGGAGCGUGAAGGAUUUUGGCAUCCAGCCGGUGGAGGAGAAAGGAGCGUGCCGCCUCCCGCUCUGCUCCCUCCCCGGGGAGUCCGGGAGCGGGCCCGAGCAGCAGCUGCAGCGCUCACCCCCGGAAUUCCAGUAGCUGCAGCGUGAGCGAGGCUGAGGGUGACCAGGACAGUGACACAGACUGGUCCUGUGGAUUGAAGAAGUUAGGUAGCUAGGUAGAGAAAAAAAAUCAGAGGAAAGUCCCAAUUCCCAUUGAAGAUCCUAGCCAUUAGAAACCUAAAGUGGAGAAUUUAGGAAUUCGGAUCCUUUUAUAUGCGUGUUCCCUGGGUCAGCUUUGAAACCCCAGGCAGGAGGAGCUGUGCAUCCUGGGCACCAUGCAACACAGGUUGGUCUCUAAACACACCAGGAGGUGCGCAAGAUCCCUGCACUGUCCACAGUGCACGGGUGAGCAGCUGUGUGCCCAGCACAUAAGAUGCUUUGUUUCCUCAGCCUUUCUGUCUGCCCGAUGUCAAGGGCUUCCUGCAUAACUGACAGUUUGGACAGAACUGAUGGUCAGGCCUUGAUCAUUGGGCCUCAGUGGGACUGCUCCUCUGAUCUCUGAGCCUCUGACUUGAGCUUCUCCAAGACAAAUGAAAGUCAGGAAUGAGGUCUGGAUAUUAACAAUUACAAUUUGGGAAAACCCAAAGAAAGAAUUCCCAGCUAAAUCUGAUAGGGGAAGGUCUGUGGUCUUGGGUCCAAGAAGAGGAAAAGGUCAGAGCCACCAGUUUCCCAAAGGUCCAGCAUUUACAGUGACUUCAGCGGACUUGAGGACAAAGUCUAGCCUUCUGCUGAACACAGCCCUCUUUCUUGCACCCCACCCAGUGGCAUAGGCUUGGCAAAUGGACCACUUGGUUAUCCAGGCAGGCUGAGGAUUUAGUUAUGAUCUCUUGGGGAGGUAGCAGGGGCCUCUGCAACUAUGCACGAUCUCUCAAACUGCAAGAUGCAUAUCUGGAUAUGUUCUGCUGUGGACAACAGUUUGGUGGGGCAGUGAUUUUCCUAUUGUGAGUUACUAGUUACCUAGCCAGUUCGUGAGUCUGACUUGGUCGUUAUGCCACGUUCCUACCUGUCUCCCAGGGGCAGGACUGAACUACAGAAGAGCAUCAUGGCUGUGCAGGAGGUGGUGGUUUGAAAGCUAAGCCCAGAGGACCUCUUGCCACUGUCCUCAAUGACGUGAAUGGGUUAGUGCUAGGAGCCAAGGAGCGGGACUGGGUCAUCUCAUCCGACUGCAGUGUCCUAUUGAAUGUCCCUGUUCCUUGGGUUUGGCAGUCACAAAGCUCUGCUGUGGUGAUCAUCUAGACUGUCACCACCUUCUAUGCCCCUCACAAGGGGCAGCCCUCUCCACUCGAUCCCUUUUGGACCUUCUUGACAACAAAAGCUGUCCUUUUGUUGUUGGAAGUCAGGAAAGGGCAUCCAGAAAUCCCUGGUGUCAGGGAAUGGGAUAGGGGAGGAUGGGAAGUGUGAGCCGCAUAUCAAAAUUACCCUCCACUUUACUCCCUGAUGGAGGGUUUAUGAAGUGUGGAGGGAUGGGAGCCCCAAGGUGAGCAGAACGGUGCUGCUUUAUUUGAAAUGUUUUCUUACCUCAUUCUGUGCCCCAGUAAGGGGCCCAGCCUCAUCUCUCUGGCUUGGCCCCAUGUUCCUUCUGUCCCCUGCUCCACUGGUGCAGCUCAUGACCCCAGGUGCUGGCUGCCACCCUGCUUUUGCAUUGACCUGUUUCAUUGCAUCUCUCUUGAUGCUCCUGCUUCUGAAGCCUACCCAAGUUCCCUUUCCUUGGCUUCCUUUAAGUUUCUUAUGUUUUUGUCUUUUUGGUUGUGGGAGACUCAAUCUUUCUUAUGGCUCCCUCUGUUGGGAUUAGGAUGAGAAGGGAACAUAAGUUUUUGUAUAUGAAAGGCAGUGUCAUGCCUCAGCAUUUCUCCUAUAGGGCUGCCUAGCUAGUUUGCCUUCCUACUGUGUCUUACUUCAUGAGGAGUUGUAUCUUCCCACCUCCACUUGGAUACUGCCUUCUAGGACUUAAGCAGAAGAGCAGUAAAGGCUGACUGACACAGGGAUGGAGUUGGUCCUGAUCCAUUUUCUCUAACCCUUGCUGUGCAUGUAUCCUUCCUUAUCCCAGAAGGAACUGUUUGGACUGUAUGGACUGAUUUGGGUUACAUACUCUAGAGGGUUAAGGAAACCUAGUAAUAGGGCCUCAAGACUGUCUUAUCUCAUUCUCCCCCAGAGUUGGCCUUCUCAGGGUCGGGGCCUAGUUACAGAUUGGUCUUCAAGAAUUGUGAUAACUUUAAAAAAAAAUUUUGGCAAAAGCUAAAAUAAUUUUGGGUUAUCUGCCCUUGACUUUUUAUAGACAUCUCAUUCUAAGGGGAUACAGAGAGAGAGGAGGUUCUAAGUGAGACUGGCCUACUUCCAAAUACUGUCUGAGAAACAGGCUGAAGAUAAGGCCAUGGUCCACUCUUCCUUCAGAGAGGGAGCUCAGAUUGUGACAUUACUGUUUCUGGCCUUUGCUUCUGGUUAGAGGAGGAGGAAGUGGGGAGUAGUUUUGAGUAAUGGUUGGUUCAUGUUACCUCCCUCUUGGUUUUUGUUUUUUUGCCUCCCACUAUUAGGGCAAUAGCCUCCUUCCCUGGAUGGGUAUGAGGUGGCCUAAGUCCAGCAGGUGCCCUGAGGGGACAAACUCCUUCCUUUUCUGGGGAGAGAAUGCUCCCUACCGUAUAGUUGACAGUGGUUAGGAACUCUCCCUUUCCCUGCCUGUCUUCCCUCUAACAGCAGAAUUCCUAUCCUUCCCUCCUCAAUUAAGUGUAUUGAUCACCCUGUAAUUCUAUUAUGUAUUUGAGUGUGUGUGUGUGUGUGUGUAUGGGGGUAAAGGGGUUCUUUACAAAUUUCUGUGGUUUGUGGCUUUUUCUUCCGUGCAUUAGUUUCCACCACCGCAUGCCUGGGCCCAUUGCCUGGCAUUGUCGCAUGCUGGGAUCAUUGGGGAUGUGUAGUGAAGCGCACCACUGUCUUUUGUUUUGGAGAUUCUUAUUUUUGCAUAAGUAGUCCAUCCUAUACAGAUUGCUAACUAACUGUGUAUUCCCCUUGCCCCUAUGGCUGCUGGUGUAAAUAAACUGCAUCUCCCCAUUGGUAAACAGUAAUAAUAAAGUUUUAAAAAAUGAC